AUGGCCGAACCUACUUCCGGUUCCACAUCGACAUCGACAUUACCUCAACUUCCCACUCCCACUUCCUUCCCCUUUCCAUAUCCCAAACCGUAUGAUAUCCAAUUACAAUUGAUGCAAGUGGUUUUCAGAGCUAUAGAAGAUGGUAAGAUAGGUAUAGUCGAAUCACCUACCGGUACGGGUAAAUCCCUCUCCCUCCUCACCUCAACUCUGACAUGGCUAGAACACCAUCAGCAGCGUCUCUCUACCGCUUUUAACUAUGGUUUACGGGAGAAAUUGAGAUUGGACGAUCCCUCGGAUCCCGAAUGGGUGAUCGAACAUUCGCUUAAAGCGAAACUUGCCGAGUUGAGAGGCCUGGAGGAAAAGAGGGAAGAGAGGCUGAAGAAAGCUAGAGAGAGAGAAAGGAAAAUUAGAAAGAGUAUGGGUUUGGGGAUGAAUAAGGGUAUGGGUGUGGUGGUUAAGAAGUCGAAAGUUGAUGGUGGUGUUGACAGGAACAAUGGAGUGAGGAAAGAGGAAGAAGAGUUUUUGCCUGAUGAUUUCGACCAGAGGGAUAUGGAAGGUCCCUAUAUCAGUAAAGAAGUUAGGGAGCUGAUGGAUAAGUACGAGGCUUUCAGACCCAAGAUCAAUGCAGAAGUAGACGAAGAGGAGGAAGAGGAUUUGCCUAAGAUCUACUAUACUUCCCGAACCCAUACUCAACUCCGACAACUUACCUCAGAACUACUCAAAACCUCUUUCCCCGUAUCUGAUCCUCACUCAACUGCCCAUGAUCCCAGCUCGAGCGACAAAUCGAAAGGAGUCAGCCUUGUACCUCUCGGAAGUAGGAAACAACUAUGUAUCAAUGAUAAAGUUCGAUCGUUAGCGAAAAAUAGUGUAGGAGGGGAUGAGAGACUGAACGAAGCUUGUUUGGACAUGCAGAAGUCUGGCAAGACACGAUGCGAGUAUCUUCCUAGCAAAGCUGAAGAAGGUAUAAUGUUAGAUGCUCGAGAUUCAGUUUUGGCCUCGGUAAAAGACAUCGAAGAUAUAGUAGCUAUAGGACGUAAAUCUUGUGUCUGUCCUUAUUACGCUACGAGACGAGCAGUCAAGCAGAGUCAGAUUGUGACACUACCUUAUAAUCUCCUUCUGCAGAAGAAUGCAAGAGAAGCGUUGGAUAUCAAUCUGAAAGAUCAGGUCAUAGUGAUUGACGAAGCGCAUAAUCUUAUCGAUACGUUACUGUCCAUCUAUUCAACCACGUUAACUUCCAAUACGAUAUCUAAUGCGAUAAGCCAAUUGCAACAAUACUACGCCAGAUUCAAAAACAGGUUAAAAUCUGUACAUUCCUUAAAGAUACGACAGGUAUUGAGCCUGCUGCAAGGUUUGACUAAAGUCUGUCAAGAUUUCGUCACUGCCCAUACCGGGAAAGAGAAGAUUAAGAAUGAGGUUUUGAAUGUCAACGAGUUGAUGGAAAGGAUAGGUAAAGGGAAUGAUCAGUCGAAUCCAUUGGAUUUGGUGGGAUAUUUGAAGGAAAGUAAGUUGGCGAGAAAGAUCAGUGGAUUCUCGGAGUUUGUUCUGGAACAGAAAGAGAAAGAGAAACAAGAUGAGAGCAAAUUCAGAAGAACGUCAACACAGCGGCACGCUUCCAUCGCCUCAUUUCAUAUAGUAGAAUCCUUCUUGUUGUCACUUGUAGAUUCGAAAGAUGACGGAAGAGUCAUACUUUCUUCAGAAGAGGGCAAUUCGAACGUAGUGACAAUCAAAUACGUCCUGUUAAACCCCGCAGAAAGGUUCAAAGAGAUUGUUGAAGAAGCUAGAUCGGUCAUUCUAGCAGGAGGCACUAUGGAACCUAUAUCGGAUUUCCUCCAACAGCUAUUCCCUUCAAUACCUAAAGGUCGAUUUUCGACCUUAUCCUGUUCGCAUGUGAUACCGAAAGAGAACCUUUUGACACAGGUGGUAUGUGUGGGACCGAGGAAAACUGAAUUUGAAUUUAAGUAUUCUAAUAGAGAAAAUGAUACUAUUAUGACCGAACUUGGAUCUGUCAUUCAAUCGAUAAUUGGAUUAGUCCCAGAUGGAGUGGUUGUUUUCUUACCUUCCUAUUCGUUUUUGGAUAAAGUAAAGACAACUUGGACGAGUUCGGGCUUGAUGGGAAAAUUAGGAGAUAAGAAGACUCUCUUCUUCGAACCUCAGACUAGUGGUGAUGUGGAGAGUACAUUGAGGGAUUAUGCUCUGGCUAUUUCUUCUGCAAGUGGUGACGCAGUUCAGAAAGGCAAGAAAACUGGAGCGUUGCUUUUCGCAGUAGUAGGAGGUAAAUUGUCAGAAGGUAUCAACUUUUCUGAUUCGCUCGGACGUUGUGUGAUCAUGGUCGGAUUACCAUUUGCCAAUGUCGGUUCUGUAGAAUUGCAAGAACGCAUGAGGUACAUUGAGGGUCUACCUGGGAAUAGUAAAGAGUCGAGUAGGGAGAUGUAUGAGAAUCUAUGUAUGAGGGCGGUCAAUCAAUCUAUCGGUCGAGCUAUAAGACACGCGAAUGAUUAUGCCACAAUCUUACUUAUCGAUAAACGCUAUGGUACACCCCGAAUCAAGAAUAAAUUACCCAAAUGGAUAGGUCAAGAUGUGAAGAUUCAAAAUGAUUUCCCCAGUGUAGCGAAGAAUGUGGCCUUGUUCUUCAGAGAGAAGAGGGAGAAAGAAAGGGGUUUAAAGUGA